AUGAAUUUCGUAAACAAGCUCGGUUUGGUGCUAACCGUCGUCUUCGUGAUCUCCCUCGUCUUCCUCUCCCUCCAGAUCCUCUACCUCCUCUGGCGGAAGAGGCGCUUCCAGCAGACGGAGUUCGGCAGCAGCGGAGGAGGCGACCACCACCACCACGACCAGGCGUCGGCUCUGUCGCCGUCCAAGGAGCUGCUCUACUUCUUCUGCUGGAAGAAUUACCAGGCCAGCCGAAUCGAACCGGCCGACGCCGCCGCCGUCUCCGUCGGGGUGGUCCCGGCAGCAGCAUCGGCGCCGACUGAGGAAGACGAGGAGCUGGAGGAGAUGCUGAAGCUUCACCAACUGUACGGUGCUUCGAGGGCUCUGUUCACGAUCAAGGAGGAAACAGAGAGGGAGGAGAUCGAGAACGACAGCGCGUCUUCUCUGCCGCGAAACGCCGUCGUUACUGCAGAGACGAUGAAGAAGACGACCGAUACGGCGCGGGAAGUGGUGGUUGUGAUUGACUUUGACGGCGAGAGCGACGACGAUGAUGAAGCGACGCUGUUUAGGACGCCGUGCGGUUCCCCGCCUUACUACACGCCGUCGCCUUCACCUCCUCGCGAUCAGGACAGGCAAGACCCAGAGGCCCGUCUUAUUACUGUCAAAAUAGCCGGCCGUUAG